UAUUCUUGCACUGCCAUCAUUGAAACCAGACUGACAACACGUGACACUGAAUUGUUUGCUUUUUGCUGUACUGUUAGUCUCGCCAGUCAGCUCAGUGGUACGAUCAGGUGGCUAGUGGUGUGCUAUCUAUCUCUCUCUUUAUAAAAUUUCAUCAUGAAGACUUUUCUGUUGUGUCUCGCUUGUCUAGUCUCUCUUGCUGCAGCUCAGAUUGCACAAUCUUGUUCUGACCAUCCAGACAAUAAAAUAACAGUGGAUCCUAGCUCUGUUAAAAUUGGUGGUUGCACCGCCCCUCCAUGCAAGUUCUAUAAAGGAAAAAAUGGCACAGUGUCAUUCAACUUUAAAGCAAAUGCCGAUAUUGCUACUAUGAACGUCGCAUUGUAUGGAAAGAUUGCUGGUAUUUGGGUUGAGUUACCAGGUGGCCUACCAGACCCCAAUAUUUGUAAUAACAAGAAUGUAACAUGCCCAAUGAAGUCUGGAACCGAAUAUAGUCCAGUUAUUAAUGUCUUUGUUAAUCCUAAAUAUCCAAGUGUAAGUAAAACAAGAAUUAUAGCUAAAAUGUGGCUGUAUAUAUACAUGUAGCUAAAUCAUAUCAAAGACAUUUUUCUCUGUUCCUCU